UGAUGAUGUAUUUCAAACAAAAGAAGAAAAUAAAACCUCACCGGCUGCCGUACAACUGAUUCGGUUUCCACCACUUAAUGGCUGAACCCAACAGAACCGGUUCCGGUUUAACCCAACAGAACCUCAGAGGAACAUGGUUCGGCUUCAGGCUCCUCCUCCCAGCAGGGGGCGCUCUUCCCGUGUCAUUCUCUUAUAUUCUUCCCCUCCCUGUGACGUCAUAGCGCGGUUCAAACGGAACCGCGGGAGCCGGUGAACGCGCUGCCUUCUCUUGUCCAGAACCAGAGCUGCGGGCCGGUCAUGGUGCAGGACUUCCACGUGGUUCGGUGUUUCCGCUGCCAGAGCUUCCAGGUGCAGCAGGUGAAGAAGGCAAAGAAAUGGAGCUGCAAGCUGUGUGGAGAGAAGCAGUCACUGCUGAAGGAAUUCGGCCGUGGAUCUGGAGCCGACUGCCGGCGCCACGUCCAGAAGCUGAACGCCAUGAGGGGAGCCAAGAUGGAGGAGCAGGAGGCCCACGCCUGGUCGCUAUGGUGUUCUCCCUGGCUCCUCCUUAUCUACAGUGAUCAGGAGGAGGAGCAGGAGGAGCAGCAUACAGGUGACCAGGUGAGACCCGCUCAGGUGAGUCGUUGGAGCAAAUAUCUGGACACACCUGAGGAAGAGGAGGAAGAGUCUGAAGAGGAAGGCUUGGAGGGCAGAAACCAUCUCCACGGCAACCAAACCAUUAGCAGGAAGAGACACAGACCAGAGGAGCUGGGAGGAGGAAGAGGAGACGAAGGCUGCCCACCUGUUCAGCUGAAACGGACAGCAGUGACAUCAUCUGUGACAUCAUCAGCAGCCCCCAGUGGCUCCGGCUCCAGGUGGGGGCAGUUCCUCAGUGCUGACAGCUGGGGGGCGGAGCAUCCUCUUAGUGGGCAGAGUCAACAAGCAGACACUGCAGCAGCCAAGCCCCGCCCCCAACUUCCUGUGUCCUCCAUGUUUGACAGCGGCGAAGAUUUCAACUUUGAUGAGGAUUUUCUGACUUUUUAGCUUCGAUUCUUUUCGUUGUUGUUGUUUACAUCAGAGACUCAAACACAUUCUGACAUUUCAGGUUUUUAUUGAUCAGAAACCAAAGAACAAAUAAAUCUAUUGAUUAUAGAA